AGACCCCGCUGGGAAUUGCUUCCGGUAUGGGGGUAUAAGAGGUUGCCGCCCGCUAACUUCCGGCCUCUCGGGCGCGCAGCGACGAUGACGAAGGGAACGUCAUCAUUUGGUAAGAGGCGGAACAAGACUCACACCCUUUGCCGACGGUGUGGAGCAAAAGCAUUUCACCUGCAGAAAUCUACCUGCGGUAAAUGUGCCUAUCCUGCCAAGAGAAAGAGGAAGUAUAACUGGAGUGCGAAAGCCAAAAGGAGAAACACGACUGGCACAGGUCGCAUGAGGCACCUGAAGGUGGUGUUCCGGAGGUUCAGGAAUGGAUUCCGUGAAGGUACCACUCCAAAGCCCAGACGUGCUGCAAUGGCUUCUUCCAGCACUGCAUAAACUGUUGGUGUACCAAUAUAACAAAUAAAGCUAUGGUUUGGAAAGUUA